UAUUAACUCUGAAACCUUAAUCCUUUAGCUAUCAGCUAUACUUCCAGGUUAUAUUAUAACAUUUGUUCUUAAUCAACAACAACAAAGAAAAGAAUGUUCAAGAAGGCAGUAGAAGCUAAGGCUCAGCAGAGGCUAUCAGGUGCCGACAGGAAGAAGCUAAAACGCACCAUCAGAGACCGAUUUCCCAGAGCUUCCGAUGCCGAUAUCGAUGCUUUGCUUCCGCCCAAGGCUGAGAUUACUGUUUCCAAGUUUCAAAAUCGAGUCCAUGUGUAUGGUGUAGAAGGGGGUUUUCCUUUGUUUUUCAAUGUUGAUGGCCGUGGCUCUGAAAUAUACCCUACUGUUUUUGCUCUCUGGGAGCUCCCUGAAAUGUUACCUUAUUUUAUGCUUAAGGGAGGUGAAGUUUCUCGAUUUGUCAUUGGAGGGGCAGAUUUGAUGUUCCCUGGUAUUAGUGUGGCUGCUGAAGGUCUACCUUCAUUUUCAGCUGGUGAGCCAUGGGCGGUUAAAGUUCCUGGCAAUCCAGCACCUAUUGCAGUUGGGUCCACCACAAUGAGCAGUGCUGAAGCCUUAAAAGCUGGUUUGCGUGGGAAGGCUUUAAGGAUAAUGCACUAUUACCGUGACUUACUUUGGCAAUCGGUUGAGGGUCAUUAUGUUCCUAACUCAGGUUUCUUGGAGGAUGUUGUCUUGGAGGAUCCUUCUUUUUUGGCAUCAAAUCAACCUUCUGAUUCAUCUGAAGGUGCUACUUGCGAGUCCGAUGUGCAACAAAGUUGCGUUAACAAUGAAAAUACCGAGGGGUCCAUUGAUGUAAAUGGUGCUAUUUCUGAUGCAUGUGCUGCCUCAAUGCAAAAUGACUCUGAGAAUGCUGCAAAAGAAAUUACGACGGAUGCCUCUGAUUUGAAGUCAACAGCUAAUGUUGAUGCUGCCAAACUGGAUAUUGAGCUCUCGUCUCUCUCCAUUGAGGAUGUAGAUUCCCAUUUGGAUAGAUGCCUUUUGCAGGCUUUGCAUACAACAGUGAAGGAUAAAGACCUUCCGAUGCCUGGAAGCACGUUAUGGUCAAAUCACGUGUUACCUUGUAGACCUUCAGGAAUCACAUUAGAUAUCAAGAAAUCAUCUCAUAAGAAGUUAUCAAAGUGGCUGCAAGCCAAAACAUCUACUGGACUGAUAACAGUAAAAGAAGACAAGUACAAGAAAGAAGCUAUGUUGAUUUCUGUUAAUCGAGGUCACCCAGAAUACUUGCAAUUUAAGCCAGAAAAGCGACCGGUAGAGAAAGUUGUUCAGGCUGGUGAUUCUGCUGCUAGUGAAAGCCGUUCACAGAAGGCGCUUGAAGUGGUAGAGGUCUAUAAGUCAAGUGUGCAUGUUAAUCCCAUUUUUGCUUCUGUUGGAGCUGACACUGGGAAACUGUACUCAGCUUCUGAAGCUACUGAUAUUGUCUUCAAGUACAUUGAGAAAGAAAAUCUGGUGAAGCAAACAAACAAAGCCACUGUGGUAUUAGAUGCAACUUUGUGUGAUGCGUUAUUUAAGGGAGCCAUCAAGAAAGGAUCAACAUAUCCAACUGAGAUCCACAAGAAAGAUUUAGGAGCAACAUUUAUAAACCGUAUGCAGGCCCACCACAUGGUGACUAGAGGAGGUGAAUCUGUUGUUCGGAAAGGUGUUUUGAAAACAGUUCAGAUAAUGACUGAACGGAGGCAAGGCAACAAGAAGGUGACAAAAGUUUCAGGUUUGGAAACUUUCCUCAUUGAUCCAGAAGCAUUGGCAUCAGAGUUGCAGAAGAAGUUUGCUUGCAGUACAACAGUGGCAGAAUUGCCAGGUAAGAAAGGGCUUGAGGUUCUUAUCCAAGGUGGGGUCAUUGAUGAUGUUGCGAGACAUCUGCUUGAGCAAUAUGGAAUUCCAAAGAGAUACAUUGAAGUUCUUGAUAAAACCAGGAAAUAAGAAGUGAUAGAUGAAUGUUAUCCGAAUUUGUGAAGCCUGCAUGAAAUCUAAUCUGGACCAACAAUGUUUACUUCAAAAGCUAACAAUCCCCACCCAAUUCUGCCCUCUGCAUUUGCCUCCUCUUGAUGAAAGGCAAGUUUAGGGAAAAGAAAAAGGUGCUCAUAUCCCUCCACAUACCUGGAGUUUGUGGGAAUUUUGGAAAUAAAGUCUGCAAAAUAAGUGAAUUAUAUUGUAAUGUAAUGUAACUCUUUUCAGAAGUUAUAACAUCAAGUGGAAGGGGAAUGAACGAGCAUUGCAGUUAAAUAUUUCAUUUAAACCUGUUUAUAAAUUUCAGCUGCCAGGUUAUACAGUAACCCUAUGUUCAUAGAAUUCAGUGUAUUGAGAGUCUACUUAGUCAACGGUCGUAUUAUCAUAUCAUCCAUCCAUUAUGUUUAGAAGGUUUUGUCAUUGAUAUGGUGUGUUUUACCGUUGUUCUAAACCCCAGAGUGAUAACAUAUUGUUAAACACGUUGAGUGCUCUUGGCUUAUAAGGUCUGUGCAUAUGUUCAUAGAAUUCGGUGUAUUGAGAGUCUACUAUUUAAUGGACGUAUCAUCAUAUCAUCCAUCCAUCACGUUUAGAAGGUUUUGUUGAUAUGGUGUGUUUUACUUUGUUCUAAACCCCAGAGUGAUAACAUAUUGUCAAACAUGUUGAGUGUUAUUGGCUUAGAAGGUCUGUGUAUAUGUUCAUAGAAUUUGGUGUAUUGGGAGUAUUCAAUUGUCGCAUUUCCAUAUCAUCCAUCAUGUUUGGAAGGUUUUCUCAUUGAUAUGGUGUGUUUUACUUUGUUCUAAGCCCCAGAGUGAUAGCAUAUUGUCAAAAGUGUUGAUCGCUCUUGGCUUAUAAGGUCCGUGCAUGUGAACAUUGAUGCUUGUCGAAGGCCAUUUUAAGCAAUUCAUUGUUUGUAAAUGCAUGUUGAUAGUCAUAUGUUUCCUCCUUUAGUAUCCAUAUGUUGCAUUAUCGUUUAUUUAUUUAUUUAUGUGAAAUGAAGAACUUGAAUUGA